AUGGGCCGGAGGGCACGUACAAAAGUAUCUGGAGCUGCCAACGUAGCAACUACAAAAGUAACUGAAGUCUCCAAUGCUCCAAAGCCGAAGCGCGCAUCAAGGAAGCCUUGCGUAAAGGCGGCACCACUCGCAUCACUGCAGGAAACCCAAAAUGUGGAGGUGAAGGAAGCUACUGCAGUGAAGAACACGGAUAAUGCCUAUGAGGGUCACUUGGACAGAGGAAUGAGGUUCUUGGCAACUUUGAUUGAGGAGAGGCGAGAGAGAGGUGAAGAUAUUUGCAAUGAAGGCAUCUCGACGGACGAGUUUGAAAAGGCAUUCGACAAACCUCCAAACAAAUAUUCUGUGAUGGCUAUUGAGAUGUUCAUCGUGCAAAAGUGCUUCAUGCAGAAGCUGGGAAAAGAUACCGGCUAUGGGAUCCAGGGCGCGUUCGCAAGGUACUGGGAUACGAUGGAUGGUGACAAGUACGCGGGCAAUUACCAGUUCGACGACAAGACAGGAGAAGUGAAGGGUUGCCCUGCUCGUGCCCCAGCUGUCAUGGCGGUUCUGCAUGCAGUGAAAGUGAGAGCUGCUGAGAAGGGCCAUGCAGCAGUCCGCAACCAUGCCGAGGCGAUAACAAUAGAAGAGGUUAAAAAGAUUAUGGAAUGGUCAGAGAAAACGUGCCCCGAUGAUUUGCUCACCUUGCCUGUUGAAGAUCUUGAAACCUUGAUGUUCCACGCUGAGCACGCACUCAUGCGAGCAUUCAUUAGCUCAGCAUUUACACUGUGGACAAGGUGCUUUGAGUUGCUCACCUUGCAAUACCGGGACAUAAAGAAUGAUUGUGUCGGGCCUGCACCUUACUACAUCCCACACUUCAAAGUUGUCCUCGAAAAUAGGAAGGGGUGGCAACAUGCUAAGGGCUAUGAUGGACCAUGGACUGGAAAUAUCUAUGAUAUUUAUCGUCAGGACAUCCCUGCAAUUGAUAUGAAUUCACACCUUCCAAAGUGGUGCGCUUAUCUCCAGAAGCUUCAACCCAACCGGAAAGUUGAAGCCGACGAUUAUCUAUUUCCCUACAUCGCGCCAAACGGAUUGAUCCACCCUAAAUGUGACAUGAGUUAUGAUCUCCUGCAAGGGUUACUCACCAAGUUUGCGGCGGCUGCUGGACUUGAAAAGCACUAUAUGACACACUGCUUUCGACGUGGAGGUGCACAGUACAGGUUUAUGUUUGCACCUAUCGGAAAGCGAUGGCCGUUGAGCUGGAUCCGAUGGUGGGGUGGAUGGGCGAUUGGGGAGCACGUAAGUACGCAUGGCUUUAAGAGCAAGCUGGGUUGUUCACACGAACUGUCAAGGUCGACACAUUGA